GAUAUAUAGAGGAUGGGCAAUAUAAGCAUUAUCAUCGCGAUGGUUCUGACUAUAGUUCUGAACCUGCAAGUCAGUUUAGUCUUUGCUGAGACCAAGGUUUAUGUAGUUUAUAUGGGAAAGAAGAUACAUGAUGAUCCUGAGUCUGUCACUGAAUCUCACCAUCAGUUGCUGUGGCCACUUCUUGGAAGCAAAAAAGCAGUCCAUGGUUCAAUAGUGUAUAGCUACCUACACGGCUUCUCAGGUUUCGCUGCUAAGCUCACAGAGUCACAAGCCCAGCAAAUUUCAGAACUCCCUAAUGUAGUACAAGUCACGGCGAAUUCAUUAUACGAACUUACAACAACAAGAACAUGGGAUUACUUGGGCAUAUCUCCGGGUAAUUCGCAGAGUCUUCUAAAUGAAGCGAAGAUGGGAAGUCCGGUCAUCGUUGGAGUCAUCGAUACAGGUGUGUGGCCGGAGUCUGAAAUGUUUAACGACAAAGGCUAUGGACCUAUACCGAGUCGUUGGAAAGGUGGAUGUGUAUCUGGACAAUCAUUCAACGCCUCGAUCAAUUGCAAUAGAAAGCUGAUAGGAGCGAAAUACUUUGUUGAUGGCUAUGUUGCUGAGAAUGGAUUCUUGAACACAACAGAGACCCCUGAGUAUAUUUCCCCGAGGGACUUUAGUGGUCAUGGCACGCAUGUCGCUUCAACCAUCGGUGGUUCUUUUCUGCCUAAUGUAAGCUACUUAGGCCUCGGACAAGGAACUGCGCGAGGAGGUGCUCCCGGUGUUCAUAUAGCUAUUUAUAAGGCAUGCUGGCUUCAAGGAGGGACUUGUUCUAGUGCUGAUCUGUUAAAAGCAAUCGAUGAAGCUAUUCAUGAUGGUGUUGAUGUUUUGUCACUCUCUGUGGGAUCGGGUUUUCCUUUGACAAUAGAAACUGAUGUGCAGCUUUUUGCUAUGGGAUUAUUCCACGCGGUAGAAAAGGGAAUUCAUGUUGUAGCUUCAGCUGGUAAUAAUGGCCCUGUGGCUCAGACCAUUGGCAAUGUAGCUCCUUGGAUCUUGACGGUGGCUGCAACUACUCUAGACCGUUCCUUUCCCACAACCAUCACACUUGGGAACAAUAUAACAAUACUGGGUCAAGCAAUCUUUGCUAGACCAAAACUCGGGUUUGUUAAUCUUACUUAUCCAGAGAGACCACUUUCCGGUGACUGUGCUUCCUUGGCUAAUCCCAACAAUGCAAUUGCAAUGAACGGAAAAGUUGUGUUAUGUUUCACAGCAGACUUGAAUCCCCGCUCUGGGGCUGUAGUAGAUGCAAUAACUGCAGUAAGUAGUGCAGGUGGCCUUGGGGUAAUCAUUGCGAGAAACCCCCGUUGGGUUAACCCAACUCAUACCCUCCCAUGCGUUACGGUAGACUUUGAGCUCGGAACUGACAUUUUGUUCUACAUACGCUCUUCAAGCUCUCCCAUGGUAAAGAUAGAUGCUCCAAGAACACAUGUAUCACAUCCCGUGGCGACAAAGGUAGCAUAUUUCUCAUCAAGAGGACCCAAUUCGAUAUCUCCAACGAUUCUUAAGCCGGAUAUAGCAGCACCAGGAGUGAACAUACUAGCAGCACACAAAAGAGAAGUUGUUUUUAAGUCAGGGACAUCUAUGGCUACUCCUGUUGUUACAGCAGUUGUAGUGCUACUCAAAUCAUUAUACCCUCAUUGGUCUCCUUCUGCUAUUAAAUCAGCUAUUGUCACUACAGCAUGGAAAACUGAUCCAUCGGGGGAGCCCAUUUUCGCAGAAGGGUCAAGCCGCAAGCUAGCAGAUCCUUUCGACUACGGAGGUGGCCUCAUAAAUCCAGAGAAAGCUGCAAGACCAGGUCUCGUAUACGACAUGACCAUUGACGACUACAUCUCAUACUUAUGCUCUGCCUAUAAUUUUAAUGAUGGCUCCAUUUCCCAAGUCCUCGGAAAUAAAAAAACUUGUCCUAACCCGAAGCAAUCUGUUCUCGAUCUAAACUUGCCAUCCAUCACAAUACCGGACCUCAAAGACGAAGUCACUCUCACCAGAACCGUUACUAACGUUGGACCGUUCAACUCAAUAUACAAAGUUAUGAUCGAUGCUCCACUCGGCGUUAAUAUGACCGUGACACCAAAUACGCUAGAGUUUAACGCUAUGACCACAAAGGUGUCCUUUAAAGUGAGAUUUUCGACAACACACAAAGUCAAUACUGGAUAUUACUUUGGAAGCUUGACAUGGACCGACAAUGUGCACAAUGUGGUCAUCCCAGUAUCUGUAAGAACCCAAAUCCUCCAACGAUACCAUGAUGAGAACUGAUGUAUAAGCCAAAUGCAUAUUUGUGAAAAGAACUAUUGUUAUGUUUAGUUAUGUGUAAAGCAUAAUGCUGAUGAAUAAUACAUACUAUUG